CAAUCAAAUGGUAUGAAAAGUGUCUUUCUCUAGUACCAUCCGAACCCCAACUGUUAUCAAGAAUUGGUUUCUUGUAUGAUGCUGAAGGUGACAGACAACAGGCUCUGCAUCAUUAUGAACAAGCCUAUCGUUAUUUUCCAUCCAACGUAGACAUUCUAGGAUGGCUGGGAGUGUACUAUGUUGAUAUUCAGAUUUAUGAGAAAGCUAUAGAAUAUUUCAGAGAAGCUUCAAGAAUUGAAUCGAAUAAUUCCAAAUGGCUUUUACUAAUGGCAAGUUGUCAUAGGAGAAAUGGAAAUUAUAAUGAAGCUCUAGAAAUUUAUAGGAAUGCUCAUGAAAAAUUCCCUCAAAAUAUAGAAUCUUUAAGAUUUUUGGCUAGAAUAUCAUCUGAUUUAGGAUUAGAAGAAGCUGAUGAAUAUGUAACAAAGUUAAGAAAGAUAGAAAACUGGAAAUAUGAAGAUAUGAAAAUGUAUGAGCAAUUUCAACAGAAAUUAACUUUUAUCAAUGAUGCCAAGCAGCUAACAAAUGAUAACGCUUCAGUCACAAGUAAAAAAUGCAAUGCAAUUAGUUUUGAUGAUGACAUAGAAGUGAAUGAUCUUUUACCAGAUUAAUGACAAUCUAGAUUAGUAUCUAUGAAAAAAUGUGCUGAGACAAAAUUUAUUUAUUUUUUUCUUAAAGUAUAAAAUAAAACCUUCAUUGAAUUAUU